ACUCGGUUGUGGUGGUGGUGGUGGGCAUGUGUGUGUGUAUGCGUAUGUAUAGUGUCGGCAUCCAUUAUAUAUACUGCAGACAGGAAGGAAGCAAUGGCCCUCCAUUAUAUGCUUCUCGUUCGUUUCAUCCUCUUCCUCAGUCCUCAAUCUGCAGCAGCUACCAACAAACUCUCUUCAUCCGCCGAUCUGCUUCUUCUCCCUCCCUCCUAGUACCCCUUUUGUCUCUCCACGCCCAGCCAGCCAAACACGAGCUUAGCAGCAACAAGCCAAACUGAUCCGACUGCUCACAAAUAGUCAAAGUAUCAUCAGCCACAGCAAGAUUCCUAGUAGUAGCGAGAGCCAAGUAUAGUAGCCGGCUAGAGGUAGACGACGACCGACAUGCCGUCGCAGCAGGGCCAGACGCAGGCGCAGGCGCAGGCGGCGCAGCAGCCGGUGGUGGCGGGGUCGACGCGGUGGUGCCCGACGCCGGAGCAGCUGAUGAUCCUGGAGGAGAUGUACCGGGGCGGCCUGCGCACGCCGAGCGCGUCGCAGAUCCAGCAGAUCACGGCGCACCUCGCCUGCUACGGCCGCAUCGAGGGCAAGAACGUCUUCUACUGGUUCCAGAACCACAAGGCCCGGGACCGCCAGAAGCUCCGCCGGAGGCUCUGCAUGAGCCACCACCUCCUCUCCUGCGCCCAGUACUACGCCGCGGCGCACCACGGCCACCACGGCUUCCUCGCUGCCGCGCCGCCGGCGCUUCCGGCGGCUCCGUAUGGCGGUUGCGGCGUCUUUGACCAGACCGCCGCCGGCCAGCUGCUCUCCCCGACGUCGCCCACCCCGGCCGCCGCCGCUGCUGCCGCGGCGGCGGCUGCGGCCUACGGUUACUACUACCCCGCCACGGCGGCCUUCGCUCCUGCACCGCCGAGCAGGUGCGUCGGCGCCGCCACCCCUCCGUCGCCCACCCAACUGUUCCACUAUCAGGCUGGAGGAGGAGGCGGGAUUGCGCCGGUGGAGGCGCUCGGCCGGCCGGAGUACUCCCUAGGGAAGCUGGACAACUUCGGCGUGGCGCUUGACGACGUGGUAGUGAGCUCCGCCGCCGCCGCCGACAUGGCGCCGCCAGGGUUCGAGGUGGCGCCGCCGCCGGCGGCCUUCUGCCGGCCGCUCAAGACGCUAGACCUCUUUCCCGGCGGGCUCAAGGAAGAGCAGCACGACGUGGCUUGAUUGACCAAACAAACACUAGCGCUCUCGUCUCGAUCAAGCUAUAGCGAUCUUAUUAGUCAAUUAAUCUGUCAUGUCAUGCAGUAGUACACUGACAUGACAUGAUCUUCUUCAUUAGCUCGCCCCUAGCUCUGUUUGGAUACGAGGUGUUAAAUUUUAACAGUGUCACAUCGGAUGUUCGGAUGCUAAUUAGGAGAA